AUGAAUCCUCACAUUAAACCAGUCAUUUUGCACGCCCACGCCUCGGGCCCCAAUCCCGUCAAGAUCGCAAUCGCGCUGGAAGCUCUCAAAGUUCCAUACGUCGUCAAGCAAUGGGAUUUCAGCAACGGUGCCACCGGCGUAAAGGGAAGUGCAUAUCUCCAGAUCAACGAGAACGGUCGAGUCCCCGCAAUCGAGGACCCCAACACAGGGGUUACCGCCUGGGAAUCAGGCGCAUGCAUGAAUUACAUCCGUCGGGUCUACGACUUGAACAAUACGAUCGGACCUCCCGGUCCUACUGGACAGGACCUUGUUGAUUUUGAGAAAUGGGAGUAUUUCCUUUUGUCAACGCUUGGUCCGAUGACGGGACAGGUCAAUUGGUUUAGACACUACCAUUCUUCGAAGAACGAUGAUGCGCUUGAGAGAUACGUUGCUCAGGCUUAUCGAUGCUACGAUGUCCUUGAGGGACAGUUGCAGAAGUCGGAGGGCAUGAGUAUCUUGCCUGGCAAAAUCACUGCCGUCGACUUUCAUUUCGAGCCUUGGGUAAAACAGCAUGCUUUUGCGGGUCUUACGCUUGACAAGCAUCCUUUGAUUCACAAGUGGCUUGGUCUUAUGGAAGCUCGUGAGGAUGUUCAGGAGGCUUAUGCUAAGAUUCGCAACAGCGUAGGUAAAUAG